UUGAAUGAGUUUAAAAAACUCAUUAACCUCGUUAAACAGUAGCUGUAAUCUUGUUGAAUAAUAGUUUAAACUUCGUUGAAUAGUAACUUUAACCUCGUUGAAAUAAAAUCUUUUAACUGGUUUAAUUAAAAUCCCAUUAGUUGAUGGAAAAUCAAAUGAUCUUUUAGUUCUUUAUUGUCCUGUAUUUAAGUAACGGACGGUAUAUUUCAAUUUAACUUCUGUAACAAAAUUUCUUCCUCUCUACAUCCUACACUGUAAGUCUAAAUGGUUCUUUGAGAGUUCUUUGACGCACCAAAUGGUUCUUUAAAUUCAUUUCGGGUUCUUUAACUAGCUAACGGGUUCUUCGCGCAGUUGUAUGGUUCUUGAUCAAAUUUCGGAAUUUCGAUAAGGUUCUUCGUGUUUUUAAACAAUUUAUAAGGGUUCUUUAUAUAUCUCGCAUGCUUAUUGGAGUUAAACGCUUAAUGGUAUUUUGUAAAAAGCAUUUAAAAAAAUCUGAUUUAUAAUUAUUUGAAUUUAAAGUGUUUCGUUGGUUUUUGGUAUGGCAGAACAUUUAAAUUGGAAUGUAGAAGAUGUCUGCAGAUAUUUAGAAUUAAAGGGACUUCCCGAAUUGAGACAGAAAAUUACUGGUUUGAUUGUUGUUUUAAUUUUUUUAUUUUAUAAUUAUUUUUGAACUUUAAUAUUUUUUUUUAGUCUAGUCAUUUUUAACUUAAAUUUAAGUAAAAUAUUUUGGAAUGGCAGCAAAUAGUAAUAUUAUAUGCUUUACCUGUUCCACAUGCGGUAUACAUAAGUAUUCUAUGCAAAAAUAUUUAGAUCAUUUGCAUAUUAUGCAUGAGCAUACAGCUGGUUAUCUUGCUGUAUGUAAUAUUGAUGGUUGCCCAGCAUCCUAUAAAUCUAUAAAAUGUUUGCGUCAGCAUAUUAGAAUUAAACAUACUACAAUUUACUAUUCAAUUAAUUUGUCAACAAACGUCUGCACUACUUCAACUGCUGAAAUAUUAGAAAACGAAUAUUUCGAAAACUGUGAUGAUCAAAGCAAAGGAAAUGAAUGUGACAAUGCAACUAUCAGUUGUUUUCAUUCUGAUUCACCUGAUUUGUCUAUGUCAUUAGAAAAGUUGCUAGACACCUUGCAGCAGCAUUUUGCUCUGUUUAUUGUCAUAAUAGCUGAAAAGCAUUCUGUUCCAUCUGUGGUGCAAAUUGAUUUGGCUAAUGAAGUCCAAUCCUUGCUAACUUAUUAUAAUAAUAAUUUUUGUAGUAUUAUAAAACAGGAAUUAGGCAACAGCUUAGUAUCAAAUGAAAAUUUACAAAAUUUGUUAAACAAUGAAUUGAUUUUAGAUAGAGUUUUAUCAGUUGUUAACUCCAGCAAAAAAAUUAUUGCCUUUAGUAAAGCCAAUUUAGGACUUAUUUUGCCACUUGAAAUAAAUUUGUGUAGUAAAGAUGAUAUCUUAGAUGAAAAUGAUUUUUGUGUAGAUUCAAAUUGUGAUCAUCAAAAUAGUUUACCUAAAAGUGCUAUUAUUGGAAACGCUUUUGGUGAUACAACUUGUAAUAAUGAUAAUAACACAAACAUUAAAGAGUCUUUUCAAUACAUUCCAAUUUUACCACUGCUUAAACAGUUAAUUGAAAAAGAGGAAAUAUGGAAUUCUAUAAAACGAAAAUUAGAGAAUGAUUUGUCUGUGAAAACAAAUUUGCUUUAUUCAUAUUCAGAUGGUUUUAUUUGCAAGCACCAUAACAUUUUUAAUAACAAGUAUGCUUUAAGACUCCAUUUGUAUAUUGAUGAAUUUGAGGUAUGCAAUCCGAAUGGAGCUCAUCGUAAAGUACAUAAAAUAUGUGCAUUUUACUUUUUCCUGGGUAACAUUGAAGAUAAAUAUAUAUCAAGACUUCAAAAUAUAUACUUAUGCAUUCUUGUUAAAGAAAAAUUAAUUAAAGAACAUAAAACAUACAAGGAUGUUUUGAAACCUUUCAUUCAAGAUUUAAUAACAUUACAAAAUGAAGGCAUAUUAGUUAUGGUUGAUGGCCAACAGACACGAUUAUAUGGUGGCUUAGCAACAAUCUCUGCUGAUAACCUUUCAGCCCAUGCACUGGCUGGUUUUCGUCGUGUUUUUAAUUCUGGUUUUUUUUGUCGUCAGUGUAUAACUUCAUAUACAAACAAAAAUAAUAUAUUUUCUGAGCUUGAUGCAACACUUCGUACUGAUGAAAUCCAUCAGUAUCACUUGGCUGCUAUUUAUGGCCAAGUUCAAAUUUCAUCAAGUAUGUACGGUGUUGAAAGGCGUUGUCCUUUUUUAGAUUUAUCAUAUUUUAAAGUUAUGCAAUCGUUUCCACCAGACAUAAUGCAUGACAUGCUGGAAGGUACAAUUCCUCAAUUAAUUAGUCUAUUAUUGUUAAAACUCAAAGAAGAUAAGUUAAUUUCGAUUGAUCAGAUAAAUGUAGAGCUUAAUACAUUUCAAAUAGGUAGAAAUGACAGAUUGAAUAAACCAGUUCCAUUUGUUGUACGUUCUGCUACUUUUAUUAAUUUUAUUGGAUCAGCCUCACAAAAAUAUUGUAUGUUUCAUUUGUUACCAUUUAUGAUAGGGAAUCGUAUACCAAUGUCUAACAAAUAUUGGUUGCUGUAUUUACAGCUUAGAGAAAUAGCUGAUUAUGUGUUUGCUCCAAAAAUUUCUAAAUCGGUGUUAUCGUUUCUGCAAUUUUUAGUGGAGCAGUUUUUGCACAAUUUUGCUGAACUUUUCCCAGACAAUUUUACACCCAAGUUUCAUUUCAUGCUUCAUUAUGCUCGUCUUAUUAUUGAUUAUGGGCCACUACGUUAUUUAUGGUGUAUGCGUUUUGAAGCAAAACACUUGUAUUUCAAAAAAUUGGCUUCUUCGAUUAGAAAUUUUAAAAAUAUUGCCUAUUCGCUUGCAAAAUGACACCAGUUACGGCAGUGUUGGGAGAUGACAUCCUCAGAUUUCUUCAAAGAAUAUGAGAAAACUUAUAAUCUUUGUUCCAUUAUGUUUGAAAGUUUAGCAGCUUCUAUUCAAGAAAAACUAGUAAGUUUUUUUGGUUAUAGUAUUACUGAUAAGAAAGAAACUAUUUGGAAGUGUAGCAGCUUGCUUAUAAAUGGAAUCCAAUUUCAUGUUCAUGAUACAGUGAUUCUAGCUUUAUUACAUGUGGAAGAAAUACCAUUAUUUUUUAAAAUCUAUCAUAUUAUAAGAUUUCGUCAUCACUGGGUGUUUUGUGGCAAGUUUCUUAUUUGUGAUAAAUACUCUGCUCACUUGCAUGCCUUCAGAGUUGUGGAAGAAGCAGAUUUGACAAUAUGCUUACCAGCAGAUGUUCUUGAUCACCAAUUGAUAGACACAUGUUUUGCAGGAUGGGUGCUUUUAUAUUACACUCAGAUACAGUUGUUUUUUAUAGAAUCUCUUUAGAUUUUUAUUAUAACAAUGUUGUAGUUAACUUAAUAUCAUUAUUUGGAUACUUUUUUUCUUGCCAAAAUGUAUUACAUGUGCAAAUACUUUGCUUUUAUUUUUAUUUAUUAAAAUAAAAUAAAAUAUUUAUUGUGUUAUUUUUUAUGAGAGCUGCCGCGUCUUUAGCUGAUUAAAUAUUUUAUUGCAUUAAUUAAUUUAAAAUCUCAACAUUUACCCUUUCACAAUUUUUGUAAGUAUUUUAUUAUAGUGGAAGAAAUUGAUGGAAAAACGCUGGUGUCUUUAACUGAGACAAUGGUGGCCAGUUUAUGUCAGACAAUUCGUCGGCAAGUAGUACUCAUUGAAAUUAUAAGGCAUCUUAUAACUUCACAUGAACAGCACGAAAGAACUAGCUCUUAUUUCUAAAUGAAAUGAGAUUAAGAUUGCCAAAGAUCUUGACAAACAACUCCACCAAUGUAUGGGUGGAAUGGCUGACAAAAUUAUGCAACUCGUAAAAUCAAAGCAUAAAGAUGAUGUAGUAAAUGCAAUUUCUGCAGAAAUUGAGUGUGAACUUGAUGACUCCAUGAAGAAAGAUGCCACAUUAAAUGCAGCCACUAUUGUUUUACCAAGACUGUUCAAAGAAUCUAUAGACUGCCUGGUUACGUUUGACAUCGAACCAUUGCAGAGUACGCCAACUAUCAAAGUGCCAAAAAAACAAAGGCUAAUAACAAAAGACUGUUGUGUAAUGUUGGAUGGUUGCAACAUAAUAGAGCAUUUCAGCGAUGUUGAUGUUUCGUUGGCUAUAUCGUGUGUUUUUGCAUCGUAUUAUAUAUAUAAUAUUUAAUAUCCAGCGCAAUUGAAGAACACAUUGUUGUUCUAUGAACAUAUUGUUUAUGGAUUGUCUACUAAAGCAUCACCAGUGACUAUAACGAGAAUGGCAAAUACUUUGAAUGAGUAAUCAAAUUGAUUUAUUAUGUGUUUGUAAUUAUAUAUUUGCAUAGUCAAUAA